AGGCGGGCGGUGGCCGCUAUGGGGCAGGCUCAGCCGUGGGGCGGGCGCCUGCCCCCCGAGCUCCUGGCUCGCAUCUUCCAGGCGGGGGUGGAGGCCGAAGGCGCCGUCCCCUUCCUCUGCAGGGCAGCCCGCGUGUGCCGGGAGUGGAACCGCGUCGCUUCUGCCCCACAGCUCUGGAGGAAGGUGACGUUGGGGGUGGGGUGCUGUGGGGCAGCGCCCCAUAAGCGCCUGCCCCACACGGCGCUGGGCAUCGUGAGCUGGUUGGUGGAGAGCAGGUUCUCGCUGCUGCAGGAGUUUGUUCUGUGCGGUUGGAAGAGCCACGUGGGCUUCGUGCUGCAGGUGAGGGGGGGGCUGCCCCACACUUGGAGGGCUGCCCCAUUGAUGGGGUGGCUGUGGGGCUGCCCCAUAGCCACGGCUCUGCCCCAUAGAUAGAGGAUGUCUCAUA